UCAGAGGAAAAGGAUGCUAAAAACACACGGAGAUAAACAAAUAAUGCUGUUAAAAUAUUUAGACAAUACCUUAAAGUAGGAAUUUGCCGGAAACCUUUGAAAACUACAGCAAUGAAGUGCUUGAUGAUAUUCUGUCAAAAUUUUACGUGGAGGUUCGACAAGAAAAUGGUGAAAAAUACCAAAAAUCUAGUUUGUAUUCUAUACGAUAUGGACUUAACAGGCAUCUUUCGCUCACCAAAAAUGUAGACAUUAUCAAAGACUGCAUUUCAAGUGUCUCAGAAACUUUUUAAAGCUGUGACCAUAGAUUUGAAACGUGAAGGAAAAGGGGCUAUUAUACAUUAUCCACCAAUAGAAGAGAGUGACUCGAAGAAACUUUAUGAAUAUUUUGACACUAACGACAAUGUUAAACUUCAACAAAAAGUAUUUGUUGAUAUAAUGCUGUAUUUUGGUAGAAGAGGCAGAGAAAAUAUACAUGAACUAACAGUUGGUGACUUUGCAGCCACAACCGAUUCAGAUGGGCGCGUCUUCAUAUAUCUAACAAAAGAUGAGCAGACAAAAAAUCACCAGAAUGAUCCAAACAGUGCUGAUGGCAGGAUGUAUGCUAAAAGCGAUGAUCCACUGUGUCCAGUCAAAUCUUUCAUGAAAUACAAAAGACACCUGAACCCGAAAUGUAAGAGACUGUUUCAGCGCCCGAAUAAAGGAGAGAGCCCUGUAAAUUGGUACAUUAACGCGCCGCUUGGCCACAAUGCCAUUGGUGACAUGAUGCCAACUAUAAGUUCUAAAGCCGGACUUUCAAAACGUUAUACUAAUCAUUCUCUUAGGACUAUUCUUGACAGUAAUGAGUUUGCGAGUCGUCACAUUACAAGUGUAACUGGUCAUAAAGCUGAAUCUUCUUUGAAGACAUACACUGGCUACACUUCACCAAACAUCAAAAGGAAAAUGUCGGACACUAUAUCGGAAAGUUUAAGUAACAAAAUAAAAGAAAAAAAGGUUGAAACCAGGGAUAAAAACAAAGAAAUAGAGGAUAUUUGUUUGUUUGCAGUGUGAUAUCGAAAUAUAUCUUCACCGAUAAGGGAGACAAUUGAAUCUUUUCACGAAGGCGGAGUUUUUCCUUUUAUUUUAUGCUUAUUGGUAAAGCUCAACGAAUUUUCUGUUUAUUAUAUGUUUACAUGUUCAAAUAUGACUAAUACUUCGUGAUGUUAUUAGGAUUUAUUUAGGGUACCGUGUUACAUAUGAUGCAUCCGCUAAAUAACCAUGGACACUCAGGCACAUUAAUAUCGAAUAUUGGUGAUUAGGUCCGUGAAAUCAACACGACGCCAUUUUGUUUUUGAAAAUUAAAAACUACAUUUAAAAUAUUUUGUAAAAAAUGCACAAUCCGCGGCCGACAGACAGUAGAACUUUAAGUAAGCAUAUUUAAAACUUUUCGGGUCAGUGCCGUCAGUUCGUUGAAUAACCGGAAGCUUGCUUUGUUUACAAACGCUGAAGGUCAGAUUAAGGUUCAUGUAAAGCGUUUGAGACCACCCCAUGGGUAAAUUUUCAUUUUGAAAAUUAUAUCGGACAGACUCAUAAUAUUCAUAACAUACAUGUACGGAGUUGUU